UCUAGAGUAUAAGGGAACACUGGGACAGCAGGAGGCAGACCAGAGACUGGGUGGCUGCAUCUCCAGCCAUGGUGCCUGUGUUGCUCUCCUUGAGUGUGUCCUGCCUGGGUCUGUGGGCUUCUGGACUGAUCUUGGUCUUAGGCUUCCUCAAGCUCCUUAGUCUGCUGCUGCGGAGGCAAAAGCUGGCCAGGGCUAUGGACAGCUUCCCAGGACCCCCCACCCACUGGCUCUUCGGACACUCCCUCGAGAUCCAGCAGACGGGGAGCCUGGACAAGGUGGUGUCCUGGGCCCACCAGUUCCCCUACGCCCACCCACUCUGGUAUGGGCAGUUCGUUGGCUUCCUGAAUAUCUAUGAGCCUGACUAUGCCAAAGCUGUAUAUAGCCGAGGGGACCCUAAGGCACCAGAUGUUUAUGACUUCCUCCUUCAGUGGAUUGGGAAAGGCCUGCUGGUCCUUCAUGGGCCCAAGUGGUUCCAGCACCGCAAGCUGCUCACGCCUGGCUUCCAUUAUGAUGUACUGAAGCCCUAUGUGGCCCUGUUUGCUGACUCCACCCGUGCCAUGCUGGACAAGUGGGAGGAGAAGGCUCGUGAGAAUAAGAGCUUUGACAUCUUCUGUGAUGUGGGCCACAUGGCGCUGGACACGCUCAUGAAGUGCACCUUUGGCAAAGCAGACACUGGCCUGGGUCACAGGGACAGUAGUUAUUACCAGGCAGUCGGUGAGCUCACUCUGCUGACACAGCAGCGCAUCGAGUCCUUCCAGUACCACAACGACUUCAUCUACUGGCUCACCCUCCAUGGCCGCCGCUUCCUGCGUGCCUGCCGGGUGGCCCACGACCACACAGGGCUGAGAAUGGGUUCCCAGGCAGUGAGACCCUGUGCUCUGGCCCAGACCAGGUCAUCAGGGAACGGAAGGCAGACCUGCAGGACGAGAAAGAGCAGGAGAAGAUCCAGAACCGGAGGCACCUGGACUUCCUGGACAUUCUCCUGGGGGCUCGUGUGGCAUUCUGUGUGUCAAGUGAGCAGAACUGGCAGUCAGGGCUGGGAUGAAGAUGGGAUCAAGCUGUCAGAUGCCGAGCUCCGCGCUGAGGUGGACACGUUCAUGUUUGAAGGCCAUGACACCACCACCAGUGGCAUCUCCUGGUUUCUCUACUGCAUGGCCCUGUACCCCGAGCACCAGCAGUGUUGUCGGGAGGAGGUGCGCGAGGUCCUUGGGGACCGAGACUCCUUCCAGUGGGAUGAUCUGGGCAAGAUGACCUACUUGACCAUGUGCAUCAAGGAGAGCUUCCGCAUCUACCCGCCCGUGCCCCAGGUGUUCCGCCAGCUCAGCAAGCCCGUCAGCUUCGUGGAUGGCCGCUCCCUACCCGCAGGCAGCCUGGUCUCUCUGCACAUCUACGCCCUCCACAGGAACAGCGCAGUGUGGCCCGACCCUGAGGUCUUUGACCCCCUGCGCUUUUCCUCUGAGAAUGUGGCCAGGCGCCACCCCUUUGCCUUCAUACCCUUCUCCGCUGGGCCCAGGAACUGCAUCGGGCAGCAGUUUGCCAUGAACGAGAUGAAGGUGGUCACGGCCCUCUGCUUGCUGCGCUUUGAGUUCGCCCUGGACCCCUUGCGGCUGCCUGUCCCGUUGCCCCAGCUGGUCCUGCGCUCCAGGAAUGGCAUCCAUCUGCACCUGAAGCCGCUGGGCCCGGGCUCUGGGAAGCAGCUCUGCUGAGAGUAGGGCCCCAGACAGCCCAGACCAUGGCCUGUCCCUGGGCACCGCCCUCCCCAGGCUGGGUUGUGCAGUAGCUGUGGCUCUCUGCCUUCCGAGGGCUUGUAGACUACAAGGGGAGGAGGCACUGGCGUAGACAAUCACCUCGAGGGCAGGGCCAUGUUGUCUAUAAAUGCUUAUCAUGCCUGUAUGUCUAGGGCUUGCACCUACUUGCUUCUAGAAUCUUCACUUAUCUCCCAUAAUUGGCAGUCUUUUAAAAAUGUAGCAGAAACUUACAUCCAGCCUCGGUGACUCAGUGACCACAAUGGAAAUUGUGCCUCGGGAUUCAUGGAUAUGACCAGCCACUCACCCAUUCCAUGUGACAGAGGGGUGGCUUUGUCCCUUCACUGAGAUGGGUUUCUUUCUUUCACUUUUGUGUGUGCACUUGGAAUAUAACAGAAAUAAGGAAAAAUUGCCUAAACCAAAAAUGUCCAGAACAAUGAGUUUCUCCAGCAAACUCCCAGGUGACCGCCGCCAAGGGCGAGGAAUAUGCAAGAUGGUCUCACGGGUGUGCCUUCUGCCCCCCGAGAUAGGUCUCUGCGGCAUUCCUGACAUCGUCAGCAUCUGUGUCACAGCCACCUGGUGCUCUGGCCAUUUGGGCUUUCGCUGGGAAGGUGGCAGAGUGGCAUUCGAGGGGGCUUCCUGGAAGAGAUGGUGCUUGAAUCAGGGCUUGAGGCAGGUGAGGCCCGAAGCUGUAAGGAAGGACUUUUGGGGAGGCCUUAGGUGGGGCCCAUGCUGAACCAGAGACCCUUCCCCAGGAGUCCCUGCAGCAGCUGCCUGAUGGCUGGGGGCACACUCUCCUCUAGGGCUCCAGCCCAAGGCCAUCAAGUGGGCUCCAACCGAGGAAUUAGACAGCUGUUGAAGGGAGGGCAUGGAGAAUGGGGGAGGGAUGGGAGAGGGGAAUUCUGGCCCUGGCACUUGGGAGGUCUCUAUGCUGCCCUGGGGAUGCACCAUCUGGAGACACAUCCUUCCUGCUAUUGAUGCUUCCCUCCUCAGAUGAGGGCCACAGCCCUGCAAGGUUGGCAUGGGCCACCUGCUCACUCCUGCAAAGCCCUUUUGAGAACCACACUUCCUUGCCCACCUGAGGCUGGGAUGCCAAGGCCCCAGCCAGGCUGUCUCCCAUGCCACCAACUUUUACCUCUGUCCUGGCCUACCUCUUUCUGCUGAAGUGAAGAUAGGGUUUCUAUAGUCAACACCUGGGAGCAGAGCCCAGCGGUUAUAACAGCCUCUGGCCCAUGGGUGGCGCCCAAGUCUUAGAUGUGUCUACUUCCCAAUGUCUUUGGAUUAUCAGGAAGCCUGGGAGUCAGAACAGGAAGCCAUCAUCCCACUUCAAUAUUAAGGGAAGGAAGCUGCCAAGAUGCUCAACAGGGAGGAACUUGAGCUGAGGCCUUCCGACUCAGGCCUCUUUUGACCAAGACUCCAUAGGGAGCACUGACUCUCUCUGGGGGCAGGAGUCAGUGGGAAAUAGAGCUGAGAGCUCUGGAGCCAGAGGGAAGGGGGAGGCUCCCUGUGGGAGGGGAGGACAGAGGCUGGGGACAGGUGAACUAGUCCUCCCAGCUCUGCAAUCACUCCCUGCUGCCUCCUAUGAUCCCAGGCGUUUUUGUGCACGUGUGUGUGCACAGUGUGAUGUGAGAGGGGCACACGCAGGGAUGGCUGCACAGCAGUGUCUCUAUGUGUGCCGGCGGGGGUAUGCACACGCGUGUAAACUCAUCCUGGGUUUUUCCCCUUGCCUGGAGCGAGAAGGGUCCCUUCUUGGUCACCCUCUUCAUCUCCUGUGGAAUCCUGUGGUUAGAGCUCGUGUCCAUGGCCUGCUGCCCAGAAUUCCAGGUUCCUGUUGCCUUGUACUCUCUGACAUGGUCGGCGGAGCCCUUCUGCAGCACCUGAUGCCAGGGCCUUGCCGACCUUCCUCUCCAGACCUCUCCCAACUUAAUUUCAUGCCUCAACCCCUGGUCAAGCGCUGAGUGUCCACCCUUCUUCUCAGAGCAGGGCUGAACUAGCCCAGUGACCUAGGAGGGCAAGGGACUUGGAGGGAGGUCCUGGCUCCAGGCACUGACUGGGGGAGGAGCCCCUUCCUGGAGGCAGAACAUGGCAUCACAGCACAGGCAGAGGGCUGCAGGGAGCUCUAUCUAUAGCAUCCCAGCCCCUGGGCUGGGAAAGGCAGGGGAUGAGAGGGGAGAAGACCUGUGUGCAGGACCAGCAAGAGAGCAGGGCUGGCUUGAGAGAGGCCGGUGGAGGAGUGCAAAGGGACCUGGUGCAGGGUCAAGGCCCAGGGUCAGGAGUGAAAGCAGGGAACAACUUGCUUUAACUAUCCUCACUUAGCUGUCUGCAAAAGAAGUUAGAUAAUGCAUUCCUAAAGCCCAGCCUCCAGGUAACAUCUCUGAUGCUUGGGUCACCAUGGUAAUGUGUGCUUAAGUUUUCAGGAACUGAGAGUUGACUCCUUGUCCAGUUCAGGCCUGUUAAGACCACUGACUCAUCAACUUUGCCUGGGUGGAUGACUGAUAGGUGGCUCUUUGACAUCAGGGGCUUGAAAAUUCCACCCUCAGAUAGUGUUGACGCCAUCGUUUUGUGAAGACGUGUCCUGCGGAGAGUCAGGAAGCUUGACUCCACUUGUGCAGAGCAUCAAUUACUUCAUGUCUCCUUCCCGCCAAUCCUCUAUCCCCGCAGUUCAGACUUCGCUGCCCCAUUUAUCCUGUAAAUAUUCCUAAUCCCCAAUUUUGGGGAGGUGCAUUUGAGGCUUGUUUCCCAUUUCCUUGCUUGGCCGCCGUGGGAAUAAACCCUUUCUCUACUGCGA